AUGCCAGCACUUGCAACAGAGGCCGCCACAGCGGCAACUCCAGAGGAUGCCCAUCAGAGGAAAAAUCCUUUUCCAGAGUUUCAGGUUGUUGUAUUGGCUGGCGGCAGUGGCUCGCGCCUUUCCUCACUUCUCGACUCCAACGUAUCUGCUGGAACAGCGUCAUGCAAGGCUCUUCUGCCCGUGGCCAAUAGACCUAUGAUAUGGUAUUGCCUACGAAACCUCCAGGAAGCUACAUUUGGUGGUAAGCCGAAGCUUGCCCCCCCCUAUGAUAUGGACGUAAUCGUCGUUACUCAGGCACAGCAACAGGCUGAAUUGUCUGCUUACUUGCAACAGGAGUUCCGCAGUUCAUUCAGGCGUCUUGAAGUGAUUGGGCUCAAGUGCACGCGCAGAGGGGAAGAAGAAGAUGCAGAAGACGCUUUGUUAACGGGAAACAGGCGACGCUCAGUCGACAUUUCAGACGAUCCUGACCAGCGCGUCUGCGGCACAGCAGAGGCACUGCAGCAAAUUCGCCACCUUAUUACAACAGACUUCAUAGUGUUGUCCUGCGAUCUAAUCGGUAAUGUGGACUUUUUCGCCCUUGCAAAUCGUCAUCGAGCAGAAGGGGCGGCCUGUACAGUUUACUUACUGCCUCGCGACCCUUUUGCUCAGCCUAUAGCAGAGCAGACUAAGGGGAAGGGAGGCGGGAAAAAGUCAAAAGAAACGCAACAAGAGAAAUGUGACACGAGCAGGGGAAACCCCGUAACCGUCGCGGUGGACGAAUCAGGCAUCAGUCACGGCAGCUCUCUACAGCUGUCGAAGUUGCAUCUAUUCCUACAUCCAUCCCAGCACUUGCUACCCGAUUUCUACGAUCCGCACGUCUAUGUUUUUGCCCACGCAACGCUGAAGAUUUUCGACCAACCCUCGUUGCGUCACAGUUUGUACUCUAUUCGCUUUGACCUUGUUCCCUAUAUGACCACAAUGCAGAUGACCCACGCAGCACAAGUUUGGUCCACCAGUCGACUUGAGUGCGACGUUUUUGAGCGGCAGUUGUGGGCCAUCCAGCAGCAGGGAGAGGAGGAAGCGACUUCGUCAUCCGUAACUGCCACGGCACCAACAGGCGAACUCCCCAAAGCAGCAGGGAUUUGUUGUCGCGUCAACAAUCUUGAUGACUACCGGGAAAUGAACAAUAGGUUUUGUUGUGGCCGGCUAGAUGAGCUACGAUCAAUUCUUCCUGACUGGGCCCUUCCGGAGCACAAUCCCAAGAAACCUGGAAGCAUGCGCGACUGCGUCUUGGCGGACGGCGCCACCUUAGAAGCAGACGUGGUGGUUAAGAGAAGCGUUGUUGCCAAGAGCGCCGUAUUGCGAUCAGGCUGUAAAGUAACGCAGUCGAUCCUCAUGGCUGGCACGGAGGUGGGGGCAAAGGCAGUGCUCCAGCGCGUUAUACUCUGCCCGGGUGCAAAGGUCGGAAAGGACUGCAAACUUGUGAGCUGCCAAGUGAGGGGAGGCUUCUGCGUGCCUGACGGUACGAUUGCAGAGGAUACUACCUUGCCUUCCUUUACGGACGGCGUGGAGUUUGCAGCUUUGCACUUGUAA